CCUGUGUGUUUGUGUUUCAGAGGAGCUUUCUCCGAGGUGGUCCUGGCUGAGGAGAAGAGGACCCAGAAAUUGGUGGCGAUCAAGUGCAUCCCCAAGAAGGCUUUGGAGGGAAAGGAAAACAGCAUUGAGAAUGAGAUCGCAGUCCUGCACAAGAUCAAACACGCCAACAUUGUUUCUCUGGAGGAAAUAUUCGAAAGCAAAUCACACCUCUACCUCGUCAUGCAGCUGGUGUCGGGAGGGGAACUCUUCGAUCGUAUCAUCGAGAAGGGCUUCUACACAGAGAAAGAUGCCAGUAAGCUCAUUCAGCAGAUUCUGGAUGCCGUCAAAUACCUCCACGACAUGGGCAUUGUGCACCGUGACCUCAAGCCAGAGAAUCUGCUGUACGACAGCAUGGAGGACGACUCCAAGAUCAUGAUCAGUGACUUUGGUCUGUCUAAAAUCGAGUGCUCUGGCAGUGUGAUGUCGACCGCGUGUGGAACACCUGGAUAUGUUGCCCCUGAGGUGUUGGCUCAGAAACCCUACAGUAAAGCAGUGGACUGCUGGUCCAUUGGUGUCAUAGCCUAUAUUCUGUUGUGCGGCUACCCUCCGUUCUACGAUGAGAACGACGCCAAACUGUUCGAACAGAUCCUGAAGGCAGAAUACGAAUUUGAUUCGCCUUAUUGGGACGAUAUCUCUGAUUCAGCUAAAGACUUCAUCGUCCACCUGAUGGAAAAAGACUCCAACACGCGUUACACCUGUGAUCAGGCUCUGCAGCACCCCUGGAUUGCUGAGGAUACUGCUCUGGACAAGAACAUCCAUGAGUCUGUUAGCGCUCAGAUUAAGAAGAAUUUUGCCAAGAGCAAGUGGAAGCAAGCAUUCAAUGCCACAGCAGUGGUCCGUCACAUGAGGCGUCUCCAGCUGGGCACCAGCCACGAGGGACCCAGCCCCACCCUGCCAGAGGCUUGUUGCGAAGGAGGCUGCUCCCCGAACGUAGAUGGCGACGCUGACGCUCUGUCCACAUGCACCUACCGCUGCCACCCGACCAGCAGGGUGUGAUCCCAGCACCCGCUCCACUUACUUGCCCAAUCAAUCCCAGUGACUUUCCAAUUUUAACCCCCAUCGGUGGAACCGGAGGCACCAUCUCCCCCCUUGUCUGGUUGGGAAUACAGCGUCGUUCCAACCUCUUGCCUGCAGGGGGAGCACGCCUGUCCAGCCUGAGAAUGAAGACCUAAAAUGGGAUGAAAGGAGGAGUAGGGAGACGUGAUGAUGAUGCACAGGAGGAUUACUUUUUAAGACUGGGCUGUUAGUUUGGGAUCAGUUUAAAAUGGGGAGAGGAUACAAAGAAAGCAGGGGAAGAUAACCUCCUCCACCAGCAUGUCAGGGGGGAUUGUUUUUGCUGAGGCAGGACAGAGCUUGUUGGACACUGUUUUUACUUCUGUUUAACCUGUCUCUUUGUUUGUUUUAUUGUUUUAUAUAUGUUUGUGUUGUUGUCUUUUUAACCUCCUACUGUGGAGUGUAAAUCCAGAGACGAUAUCUGCAUGAUCAGGAGAGUUUUCCCCAUGCAUGUUUUAGAAAUAUACCCGCUUGCAGAAAUGCAGUUCGAUGCAAAGUUGUUUAUGCUGGAAAGGCAUUUUUUCACAUGUUCCCAUAUUUAAAAAGGAAUUAAAGCAAAUCUUGUAAUUUUACAGAAAUGAAUCGAAGUCUUUAAGUGAUGCUUUUAGACAAUCAGUAACAGAAUAGUUCAAAUGCAAUGAACACGCCAUCUAUCUACUAUUCAGCCUUUCCUGUGGCGAUGUAGUGUUUCCAUGCAGCGGUAAGGCUUCUUGAGAGGAAAGGGCUUCUCCUAUCUCCUUUUCAAAUCUCAAACCUUUUUAACCCCUCAAGCACAGGGAUAUAUCUUUGUCUAAGGUGCCUUUAGGAAAUACAGUAUGAUGAGUUUAUUUUUGGGUAGCUUCUGAAACGUUCUGUCUGUUCCUUGAAGCACAGGCUCUAUAAGUAAUAUUUUGUAUGUAUCACAUUGUAAGCUUUAAAAUGCAGUUCUAUGCUUUUUGCUGUGUAGUAAAGUACUGUAAGAUCAGAUGGAAGAACACACUGUGCACUGACUAAAUACAAAUAACAUAAACAAUACAAAAUUAGAAAAUGAAUAGUGUUUAAAAUACUUAAAUUCAUGUUUUUCAGAAAUAUUAUUAUUGCCAGCCCAGUCAAUGACACACAUUCAAGAACUAUGUUUUUUUAUUUGGAUACAAAUCCUUAAAUAUAGUUGUUGCAAGCCUGAUGAGCAUUGAUGAAGGGUCAUAUCCAGAGAAGGCUGAUUUAGAAGGAUUAAGCAGAUUGUGUCAAAGCAAAAAAACUAAAUUUGAUAUGCAUCUUUCACCAUGUACUGUAAUCAUUUUGUCAUUCCUACCCUUGACUUCUUUACUUCUUUCACAGGCCCGAUUCCUCUGAAUGCAGCCUGUUUAGAGAGGAAAUCUGGAUUAAAGAAUGUGAAUAUGCAUCAGAUUGACUCAUUUCAUCUUUACUGUACAUCCAUCAAUGCUUCUUAUGUUUGUAUGUGCGUUAAGCAUACUGUAUUUACUUUUCAUUCAUCCAAUUGUUUUUCAAACAUGCAAAGACAUUAAGUGCGUAAGUAUCAGAAGUAUAGGAGCUUUAUUUACAUUUGUUUAAUCGUCUUUAAUUUAUGUUUGGCCUGUUACACUCAGGAACUAAGGGAUUGUCCGAGAUGGCUCACAGAUUUAAACUCAUUCAGCUUCAUUUGUUCUCUGAUUAUUCAAAUCACAUGUUUCUUUUGAAUCGCCUAUUUCUCCAAAACAACAAAAUACACAUUUGGUAUUGAUGUGAUUUGCAUGAAGUGGCUUGAAUUGUGCCAAUCCUAUGAUCAACAAUGAAUAGUUUGUACACUGAUUGUGAUAAUGUAAUAGUUGCCAUGGGAUGAGUCUAAAAGGAGAGUUUUGUCUUUUAAGAAGUUAAGAAUGCUCUUCCAAAGUGUGCCAUGCAGAUGGGUAAAAAGCAAAAAAAAAGGUUUUAUUAACAUUUCAACAAAGCUUCAAGCAACAGCUUCAAUGGGCUGCUUCAACAUGUUUGAGCUUCAUUCUGCAUUUAUAUUGUGUUGUUAUAUAUAUUUGGAAAGUGAUGUAACUUGUGACUCCAAACUGUAAAGCGUAAUUAAGAGAUUUAUUCAUCUGAGAUUUAUAGUAUGAACUGUGCUUGUAUAACUGUGACAGAGGAUGACCCAAACAAACACAGGAAAGCUGAUGCAGUGUCAGCAGAUUUAUAAAUGUUGGCAGGCUGACAAUAUCACAAUUUAUGUCCUGAUAAUGAAAACCACUCGGCUAAUUUGACAUGUAGCCACAAACACUGCCAUUAAUCUUCUGCAGUUAAAUGUCGCUACAGCUCCUGUAAUUUGCAGACUGAUGAGGAUUAUUUUUAUCAAUAUACAAAAUUAAAAUCAUACUCCAGCUCCUUUUGGUUCAGCACAGCCAAUCCAAAAAGUACUCAAAUGAAAAGGUUCCUCACAAGCUGUGGAGGAAAAAUCUUAUAUGAGAAAAGUUUGUUAUAGUUAAGCAGUGUGAGUGAGGAUUAAACAAACAAACCUGAUAAAAAAAGUGUUUUUUUUAGGCAAGGAACCUGGUAAAGGAAAAUAUUUUGAAAUUCCAGUGUAAUGAAACAAGUGACGAUGAAACACAUAAACGACAAGUAUCCCAUGACCUCACCACUCAACCUCCUUAGGAAAUCAGCAGGAUUUCAUUUAUGGAUUUUACAGUGCAUAAGACAGAAGGAAAUAGUCGAUUUGUGUGAAGGCUUCUUCUGCGGAUGACAAUUGUAUGAUAGGACAAGUAUUUGUACUAUAAGUAUGUUGCCUUUUAGCAAAUGCUGUUUCGGGCUACAGUAACUGCUGUUUAAUACACAUGCAAAGCAUCAUGGGAUAUUAUUGAAAAGCUCUGUGUGAAAUCUAUGGGGAAGCCAGCGAUUUGUUCUUGAAAAAGAUUUAAAAGUGAAACAUUAAAAUCCUUGUCUAUGCAUUA